GAUGCAUUAGAUUUUAGUUCAUGUCCUAUGAAUCUCUGGAAAGGCCACUGGAAGAGAUGACCAUGUAGAUACUACUGUCUGUGCUCAGCAUAAUGGGAAGCAGUGAAUGGAAUGGAGCUUGUCUUCAGCCUUGAAAGCAGUCAUCCUGCGGACUCAGAGCUUGUCAGGGACACCUCAGUCAUCAGACGCGUUCUCCUCGGAGCUCAUUGAACACAUUGGAUUUUUAAAACUCUUUUAGAUUAGAAUUUGAGUUUGUUUCCUUGCAAUUUUUAAGCAAUUUUAAAAUUCCAUCAAAUAUACAGAGUGGAGCAAUAUAAACAGCAACAAUGGGUGACAUGACAAAUAGUGAUUUCUAUACCAAGAACCAAAGAAACGAGACCAACCAUGCAGGAGAUUUUGGGUGCACACUGGAGGAAUUGCGCUCCCUCAUGGAACUUCGAGGAACAGAAGCAGUAGUAAAAAUUAAAGAGACAUAUGGGGACACAGAGGGGCUCUGUAGACGUUUGAAGACAUCACCAAUAGAAGGCUUACCUGGCACUGCUGCUGAUUUAGACAAAAGAAAGCUUAUUUUUGGGAAAAACUUUAUACCUCCAAAGAAGCCAAAAACUUUCUUGCAGCUAGUCUGGGAAGCGCUACAGGAUGUGACACUUAUAAUUUUGGAAAUUGCAGCCAUCAUAUCUUUGGGUCUCUCAUUUUAUCAGCCACCUGGAGAAGGGAAUGAAGGGUGCGCUACUGCCGCAGCAGGAGCUGAAGAUGAGGGUGAGGCAGAAGCUGGCUGGAUCGAAGGUGCUGCCAUCUUACUCUCUGUUAUUUGUGUGGUACUUGUCACCGCUUUUAAUGACUGGAGUAAAGAGAAGCAAUUUCGUGGGCUUCAAAGUCGUAUUGAGCAGGAACAGAAAUUUACUGUAGUUCGAGGAGGACAAGUUAUUCAGAUCCCAGUUGCAGAGAUUGUAGUUGGUGAUAUUGCACAGGUGAAAUAUGGUGAUCUCCUCCCUGCUGAUGGGAUUUUUAUUCAAGGAAAUGACCUUAAAAUUGAUGAAAGUUCUUUAACUGGAGAAUCAGACCAAGUCCGCAAAUCUGUUGACAAAGACCCUAUGUUGCUGUCAGGUACCCAUGUCAUGGAGGGAUCUGGGAGAAUGGUUGUCACUGCUGUUGGUGUGAAUUCUCAGACGGGCAUCAUCUUUACUCUGUUAGGUGCUGGUGGAGAAGAAGAAGAAAAGAAAGAUAAGAAAGGUGUGAAACAGGAAGAUGGACAACAGCUUCCAGAUUCUUCCCAUACCUCCUCCCACCCUCCUUCAACUACUGAUGAUGCAGCAGGCGCAAAUGCCACUGAUAAUACAAAUACCAGCUUAGUCAAUGGCAAAAUGCAGGAUGGGAAUAUGGAGAACAGCCAGAAUAAAGCCAAGCAGCAGGAUGGAGCUGCUGCCAUGGAGAUGCAACCACUGAAGAGUGCAGAAGGGGGAGAUGGAGAUGACAAAGACAAGAAGAAAGCUAACAUGCAUAAGAAAGAGAAAUCUGUCCUUCAGGGAAAGCUGACCAAACUGGCAGUCCAGAUAGGAAAAGCAGGUUUGGUGAUGUCUGCCAUAACUGUAAUCAUUUUGGUACUGUACUUUGCUAUUGAGACUUUCGUGAUCAACAAGAAGCAGUGGUUGCCCGAGUGCACUCCUGUCUAUGUACAGUAUUUUGUUAAGUUCUUCAUCAUUGGUGUCACUGUGCUUGUGGUGGCUGUUCCUGAAGGACUUCCACUUGCUGUCACUAUUUCUCUCGCUUAUUCUGUCAAGAAAAUGAUGAAGGAUAACAAUCUGGUACGCCACUUAGAUGCAUGUGAGACUAUGGGUAAUGCUACAGCCAUCUGCUCUGACAAAACAGGGACACUAACAACCAAUAGGAUGACAGUUGUACAAGCUUACAUUGGUGAUGUCUACCACAAAGAGAUCCCUGACCCAGAAGCUAUACCAGCAAAAACCCUAGAAUUGCUGGUUAAUGCCAUUGCAGUCAACAGUGCUUAUACAACAAAAAUUCUGCCACCAGAAAGGGAAGGUGGCCUGCCUCGUCAGGUAGGCAACAAGACGGAGUGCGGCCUCUUGGGGUUUGUUCUGAAUUUGAAGCAGGAUUACCAGCCUAUUCGGAAUCUUAUUCCUGAGGAGAAACUCUACAAAGUGUACACUUUUAACUCAGUGAGAAAGUCAAUGAGCACUGUCAUUAAAAUGCCAGAUGGGAGUUUCCGAAUGUAUAGCAAAGGUGCUUCUGAAAUAGUUCUGAAGAAGUGUUCUAGAAUCCUUAAUGCAGCAGGUGAACCUCGUAUCUUCAGACCUCGUGACCGAGAUGAGAUGAUAAAGAAAGUGAUUGAACCUAUGGCCUGUGAUGGACUGAGGACUAUUUGUAUUGGUUACCGGGACUUCAGCAGCAGCCCAGAACCAGACUGGGACAAUGAAAAUGACGUUUUAACUGACCUGACCUGCAUUUGCGUUGUUGGUAUUGAAGAUCCAGUAAGGCCAGAGGUCCCAGAAGCAAUAAGAAAGUGCCAGAAAGCUGGCAUUACUGUUCGCAUGGUCACAGGGGACAACAUCAAUACAGCUCGUGCCAUUGCCAUAAAGUGUGGAAUUAUUCAUCCAGGAGAAGACUUUCUUUGCCUUGAGGGAAAGGAAUUUAACAGAAGAAUCCGAAAUGAAAAGGGAGAGAUUGAGCAAGAACGAAUUGACAAAAUCUGGCCAAAACUUCGGGUACUUGCUCGAUCAUCUCCUACUGACAAACACACUUUGGUAAAAGGUAUUAUUGAUAGCACACAGGUGGAACAGAGGCAGGUUGUAGCAGUGACUGGUGAUGGAACCAAUGAUGGACCAGCACUUAAAAAAGCUGAUGUUGGCUUUGCAAUGGGUAUUGCAGGCACAGAUGUUGCAAAAGAAGCUUCUGAUAUCAUUCUUACAGAUGACAAUUUCAGUAGCAUUGUGAAGGCUGUAAUGUGGGGUCGCAAUGUCUAUGACAGUAUCUCCAAAUUCCUGCAGUUCCAGCUCACGGUUAAUGUUGUCGCUGUGAUUGUUGCUUUCACUGGGGCAUGCAUUACACAGGACUCUCCACUGAAAGCUGUACAGAUGCUUUGGGUCAAUCUAAUUAUGGACACCUUUGCCUCUCUUGCUUUGGCCACUGAACCUCCUACAGAGUCUCUACUGCUAAGGAAACCAUAUGGUAGAAACAAGCCUCUUAUAUCACGUACCAUGAUGAAGAAUAUCUUGGGGCAUGCUGUUUACCAGCUCACUCUCAUUUUUACACUCCUUUUCGUAGGUGAACAAAUGUUUCAGAUUGACAGUGGGAGGAAUGCACCGCUCCACUCUCCUCCUUCGGAGCAUUAUACCAUUAUUUUCAACACCUUCGUCAUGAUGCAGCUCUUCAAUGAAAUCAAUGCACGCAAAAUCCAUGGCGAGAGGAAUGUUUUUGAUGGCAUUUUCAGAAAUCCUAUAUUUUGCACUAUCGUAUUGGGUACAUUUGCUAUACAGAUAGUAAUUGUGCAGUUUGGUGGGAAGCCUUUCAGCUGUUCUCCUCUGGAGCUUGACCAGUGGAUGUGGUGUAUAUUUAUUGGAUUAGGAGAACUUGUCUGGGGUCAGGUCAUUGCAAGCAUCCCAACGAGUAGGCUAAAGUUUUUAAAGGAAGCAGGGAGGCUCACUGAAAAAGAGGAAGUCCCUGAAGAAGAGCUGAAUGAAGAUGUAGAAGAAAUUGACCAUGCGGAAAGAGAACUUCGACGUGGACAAAUUCUCUGGUUCAGAGGCCUGAACAGAAUCCAAACCCAGAUCCGCGUCGUGAAGGCAUUCCGUAGUUCUCUCUAUGAAGGAUUAGAAAAACCAGAAUCUAGAACCUCUAUUCACAAUUUUAUGACUCAUCCUGAAUUUAGGAUAGAAGAUUCCCAACCCCACAUCCCACUCAUUGAUGACACAGACCUAGAAGAAGACCCUGCUGUCAAGCAAAACUCUAGUCCACCAUCGUCACUGAACAAGAACAACAGUGCUAUCGACAGUGGAAUAAAUCUUACAACUGACACAAGUAAAUCAGCUACCUCUUCUAGUCCAGGAAGCCCAAUACAUAGUCUGGAGACAUCACUUUAG